AUGAAAAUUAAACUCUACAAAAACAUCCGGGUCAAAGUGGCCGUACAUCCCCGACAGCAGCCAAUCACAGAUCGGCAAAAAUAUCUAUUUGUUCAGUACCCUAUUUUCCGGACGAUAUCCACCGAGUAUUACUUACAAUACAAUCGCUAUAUCACUAUAUCUCUGCCCAAACCCUACAAAACCCAAUGCUAUGACUACAGGCUUAUGGGCUAUAAAUCGCACACCCAUUGCAUAGCCGAGUGCCGUAUACAGGGCUUUGCCCGUAAACACCCCAACAUCCUACCUGCUCAUAAAAAUGCUCGAUUCCUACCUCAAUACUACGAAACUUACCGCAAAUACUAUCCGAGUGGUUGGUAUCAUAACGCGGGCGAACGGCCUGUAUAUGAGGUGAUCAAUAAACAGCCCCACAUUAUACACCGUAUGGACGGCCAGUUUGGGUGCCGGCCCUCAAUCUGUCCCUAUCUAUACACUGAGGCCAACAAUGAUUGGAAAAAUAGUGGCUAUUAUUCAAUACAUUUACUGAUUAGAGGCGACGAGUUAUCGUUCGUCGGUUGGUGUUUAGGCGGCAAAACACCCGCCGUUUACCGCUUUAAUGAGACAAUUGUUGAGUCGUUGAGCAAUACAUUUGCAUUAAUGAUUAAGACGGGUCUAUUACACUGGCGAAUAAAAGUGAACAAGAUGAUUGCUAAAACCGAGAGUAUAUUAUCAGAACUGAAAGCCAAACCACGACAUGAGAUACACUUCGCCCACUUUAUUAGCAUACUAUCGGUGCUCAAAAAUCAACGCCCGGACCGGAUAUACAUUCACUGCGAUUGUCACGAACUACGGGGUGAUCGCUGGCGCCGUGUGGUAGCCAUAGCCCGCCUGACGGGCACUGAGUUAACCGUACGGACCAUUGAUAGGCCGACCGAAGUGUUUGGCCAUAAACUGAGUGCAAAGAACAACUUAUGGCACGCGGCGGACGUCACACGCAUUCAAGUGCUCCGCGAGUUUGGCGGCGUUUAUCUCGACCGCGAUGUUUAUGUUAUUAAAAGUUUUAACCCGUUUUAUAAAUACGAAAUGACCGUUGAUUUCGAAAACGAAAACCUGCUUUGUAAUCAAAUUUUAAUUGCACAUAAAAAUGCUCGAUUCCUAUCACAAUACUACGAAACAUACCGCGAAUACAAUCCGAGUAAAUGGUAUUAUAAUGCGGGCGAACGGCCUGUGUUUGAGGUGAUCAAUAAACAGCCACACAUUAUACACCGUAUGGACGGCCAGUUUGGGUGCCGGCCCUCAAUCUGUCCCUAUCUAUACACUGAGGCCAACAAGGAUUGGAAAACUAGUGGCUAUUAUUCAAUACAUUUCCUGAUUAGAGGCGACGAGUUAUCGUUCGUCGGUUGGUGUUUAGGCGGCAAAACACCCGCCGUUUACCGCUUUAAUGAGACAAUUGUUGAGUCGCUGAGCAAUACAAUAUACAUUCACUGCGAUUGCCGCGAACUACGGGGUGACCGCUGGCGCCGUGUGGUAGCCAUAGCCCGCCUGACGGGCACUGAGUUAACCGUACGGACCAUUGAUAGGCCGACCGAAGUGUUUGGUCAUAAACUGAGUGCAAAGAACAACUUAUGGCACGCGGCGGACGUCACACGCAUUCAAGUGCUCCGCGAAUUUGGCGGCGUUUAUCUCGACCGCGAUGUUUAUGUUAUCAAAAGUUUUAACCCGUUUUAUAAAUACGAAAUGACCAUUGAUUUCGAAAACGAAAAGCUGCUUUGUAAUCAAAUCUUAAUUGCACAUAAAAAUGCUCGAUUCCUAUCUCAAUACUACGAAACGUACCGCGAAUACAAUCCGAGUGAAUGGUAUUAUAACGCGGGUGAACGGCCUGUGCUGGAGGUGAUCAAUAAACAGCCACACCUUAUACACCGUAUGGACGGCCAGUUUGGGUGCCGGCCCUCAAUCUGUCCCUAUCUAUACACUGAGGCCAAUGAUUGGAAAACUAGUGGCUAUUAUUCAAUACAUUUCCUGAUUAGAGGCGACGAGUUGUCGGCAAUCAAUUGGUGUUUAGACCGCAAAACACCCGCCGUUUACCGCUUUAAUGAGACAAUUGUUGAGUCGCUGAGCAAUACAUUCGGUUCAAUGGCUAGAGAUGUGCUCCACUUUGAAUUGCAAUUACUUAAUAAUGUUUAG